AUGCAGCAGCAGCAGCAGCAGCAGCGGUCUGUCAGUCCGCUCUCCUCCGUAUCCGCGCCGAAGCCGCCUCCGCGGACGGGACAAGCUGACAGGAAAAACGACGGUGGCUGCGUGCCAAGCGCUGACGAGGAGCACGUGAUACAGGCGAGCACGUACGCACUUUGGGAGCAGCUCUACGCGCCAGCUAGAGUUCCCCUCACCGUGGAGCGCCUCUUGUACCUCCGCCUGUCCGCGAAGGGCAACGGCGAGAGCAGCGAUGCUCACGGCCACCAGUAUGGUGCCGACGAUCUGAAGUGGGCGAGGUCGCUCUUCGGAGAAGUUACCGCCCAGCUCGAUGCCUCCGCUCCGUCAGCGUCGAUGGCGCCGUCGACCGCACCCGCGGCAGCGGUUGCGCCAGGAGAGCAAUCUCGCGGUGUUCCAUCGAAUGCGACUACGGCAGCGGCAACCGCAGCGUCUCUUCAGGAAAGCCAAGAUGACAAGGAGGGGGACGAGCCACAGAGGGCCUGGAAAGGGAGUUUGCCUGACGUCACAUCGAGCGUCGCUGCCUCACCCACCAUGCAAUGCACCUCCGCGGAUGUGGAGCAGACGUCCCUUUCGACGCCGCUGCGCGUGCCACAGGCGUGCGCCAAUGCCCAAUCAGCCAGUGGUGUGGACAGCGGACGUGCCUCGGAGCUGCGGAGCGCCGCGACGACCUUUUCCCACCCUGACGCCAUCAUAGCAUCGCCGUCUGUGUCCGCACCGUUGUCAUCGGCGCAGCGCGGAUCUGACAGCAACCGGGAUGUCGACAAUGGUGGCGGCCGCGGCAGCGCUGUUCUGUUGCAGCCCUCCCGAGGGUGUGCCCUGUCCGCCGCCUCGCCGCCUGACCUGGUACUCCUAGCCUCGACGUCGGACGUUUCGUUGUUAUGCGACGCUGCGGCGGCGCCCAUGAGUCUUGAGCAGGACAACAGCGCGAAUCACAUCGACGAGAACGAGGAGGCCGAACCCUUUGUCGACACGUGGUCGAUGGAAGAGGCGGCACCGGCCGCCCCCGCGUUGCACAUGCACACGCCAUCCAUGUCAGCAGACGCCGUGAGAACAGACAAGGAGGGCAGGUGCGAUGGUACUGGACGUGAUGCAGGCUGCAGUCCUCCGUUGGAGCAUUCCGCUUGCAGGGGCGGUAAUGGGGAGGGCCCCGGGGCAGUUGAUGCUGAGCAGGCGCACACACUUGCGCAACAAGAGAAGGCGGUGGAGUCGUGCGGCACGUGGGAGAGUGCCACCGCCACGACCACACCCGUUCGGUUCGAUCACCCCUACUGCCGCUACCGCAGCUGGCACGACACAGACCCGUCUGCAGAAGGGGGCGGUCGCAAUGACGAAGAGGACGCAGAGCACGACGGAAGAGGUGAAGAGGACGGCAACGAUGUUGGGUUCCUGUCCCUUGCCACCUCACCAUCAGCUGGAGCUCCCGAGCAACGGCGCCCGUGCCCUGUGGUGGUCGCCACGACCGCCCUCGCCGUGUCAGCGCUGCCAUGUAGCCUCACGAGAGAUGAAGAGGGCAACUCUCACCUCGAUUCGCCGAUGCGUCACAGGCACACCACCAGGGUGUCAGCCUCGAUGAGCCCGGUGGCGGACCCUAGCGGGCUCGUCUUCAGUCCACCGUGCCGGCAGCAGAUGCGCCUGCGUCUACAGUGCUGUUGUUCCCGCCAAAGAAGCGUAGGAAGUGAUGUGGAGUAUCCGCCCCACACCCCGGCCCCUGGAGCGCCAUCACAGCCGCCGCUGCCGCCCCCAUCGUGCUGGUCGACACCACUCCCGCAAGAGCGGUGCCCACGUGACGCUCAGACCCCACCAGCGCAGCCAGCGCCUUCUGCAGCUGCGCAGCCGCCGGCCUCCCCGGCUCCCUCUCCGACCGAUAUGGCAGACAGCGGUGUGGGCGCCACGGAUGAGCUCUGCGCUGGCAACCAUGCAGCAGACACCGCCGUGAUGGGCGAUUCGCCACCGCAGGUGAUUCACCGGAGCAAGGAGGAGGCUGUGGUGACAGUCUCCAGCAUCAGCCAGGAAAGCCGUGCGAGUGCCGCUGCAGCCGCCAAUGAAGACGACGCUGAGCCGCGGGCCGCCACGUCAUUGGAUUCGCCGGUGGAUGCAUCUUGCUCUGUGGAAGCCGGCGACGACGGCCAGUACAGGUGUGACAGCGGCUCGGUGGUGCCUGUUGCCGUUGGCGUCGAGGACGAGCGUGUUGGCGGCGAUGAUGAGGACGCGGAGGGAGAUGCUGGGGAGCCGGCAUCGGCGGUGUCCCUGUCGCCCCAGCGGCCUUCUCUCGAGUAUCCUGCGCAACGGCGCGCUACAGCCGCACCGCGAGGUGUCCAUGCUGAAGGCCAUGCGGAGUGUGGCUCAUCAAGCGUGGAAAAGGCGGCGCGUACGGCAAACCCUGUCCCUGCUUCCGUGGCUGAUGCCUCGGUCGCCCCCUCCUCGCCCUCGACCUCCCCACCACCCCAUGCCAGUCACGAGCCCUCCGACCCCUCAAAGCACGGGGAAGAGCCACCGCAGCGUCAUCCGCACCCACCCCUGCCCGAGGAUAGGGCAGCACGGCGCUCAGUCUCCAAGAUGGACUUCCGGUGGGCUGACGAGGCCGAUGAUAUUCUGCGCCGGCAGCAGCAGCGGCUUCACUCGCUGCAGGCAACGAGGACUGCCACGCUUGCCGGCGGUGAUACGCGUUGCAGUCCGAGUACGAGUCGGUGCAGCCCAGGCGGCGGCCCUCGGCGCUACACAUUGCUCUCUCAGGAUGGCGAGACUGCCCACGGCAGCCAGGGUGGAAACGGCACAAGACUGGCACGGGUGUACGGCGGCUCAGAAGCGUCGCACAGCGUCUCGCCCCAGCCGCAGGACCCCAGAACGCACCACUACCCCGAAAGGGCGAUGAUGAGGCCAGAAGGCAUGGGGGUGGAAGCGGUGGCGUCACACGUCGACGGAAGCCGUACUGUGACAGAGCAAGGGGACGUCGCACCCUCAUCGCAGCGCGCCGGCGGAAGCGAAGCGUUGGCGUGCCUCGGCGUCAGUUGCAGUGGCGAAGGACGUGCAGCCAUUGCGCUUGCUUCGGCGUCCUCCUCCACGCCACCGACGGCUCCCCUCCGCCAGCCACCACUGGCAUCCGUAGCCGAAGCAACAGCGGCAGAUGACGCGUCCAUGCCGCGCAUGGAUCAACUGCAUCAACCGCAACAGCAGCAGCCGUCGUCUCACCACGCUGGCACUAAGCGACUGCGUAAGAACCACGGCGGCGAUGACGGCCGCAGCGACGCAGUGCGUCCUCGACGCUCGCCGGCGCCGUCGUCUGUGCCAGUGUCUAGUCACACGGUGACGAAGCGGAAAAAGAGCGACUGCACCGGCGGCGCUCAGUCAACCGAGCGCCGACACCGCGCUGACGACCGUGUUCGCAGACGCCAGAACUUUCGAGGAGACACGGCCACGGAAAAGACAACGAGGCCGAUGUUAAGCGCCUCGCCGGCGAAUAUCUUUGCGCUUCCGCGUACCAUAUCUGUGGAUCCUGGGGCAUCCAUUGCCGCUCCGUUGUUCACCACGGCGGCCUCGCUUGCAGCCCCAUCGCUGUCGCUGCUGCGUCCACGUGCGGGGAACUGUGUCAGCGAUCCCCCAUCAGCUGCUCAGGCACAGAAAAGCGCGAAGGGAAAGUCGACUCAUGUCGGCCUUGCAUCACUCCCCAUCAUCCCUGCGGCCUCGCCGCCACGCGAGAAUGCAAGCGGCAGCAGCGCACACAAGGCUGCGCAAUGUGCGGCGCGCUGCACGCCCUCCCUCGAGGCCACGGGCAAACGGCGAGACCAAGUACAACGGCAGCAGUAG